AUGGAUAAGUCGUGGAUGCACGCCGAUAGAAGAUCACGGAAGUUUGAGGUAGGACUAGCAGAAUUUCUAAAGUUUGCCUCGAGGAAUGCCAACAAUGAAAGGAAGAUACGUUGUCCUUGUUUAAAAUGCUGCAACACCGAUGGAUUUUCCAUUGGAGUUAUUAAAGACCAUAUAUUCUGGAAUGGUAUUGAUGAGAGUUAUAAGAAUUGGAGGUGGCAUGGAGAGCCUUCUACGUCUUACAUGAAUAGUAGAAUGGGAGGCGGAUCUGAAACUGUAGAUUGGGAACCUGCUAGUGGGGUGGGGGAGAAUGAUGUAGAUAUAGGAGAAAGUGAGGAUGAGGAGAUAUCUGAAGACUUAAAUGAGUUUCUUAGGUAUGUGGAGGAUGGUGAUAAGCCCUUGUACCCUGGUUGUACCAAGACAACCAAGUUGAAUGGUUUGAUUCAGACAUUCAAUCUGAAAGCAAAGCAUGGAAUGACUGAUGCUUGCUAUUCCGACAUGCUAAUAAUGAUUGGGGGUUUGCUUCCUGAAGGGAAUGAGGUUCCAGCCUCAUUGUAUGAGGCAAAAAAAACACUUAGUCAAUUAGGGAUGGAGUACGAAAAGAUCCAUGCAUGUCCUAAUGACUGCAUCUUGUAUAGACAGCAGCAUGUAGAUGCUAUUAUAUGCCCCACUUGUGGUGUUUCACGGUGGAAAUUGGGCAAGGAUAAAACAGAGAAAGAAGGGAUUCCUGCCAAGGUAUUAUGGUACUUUCCAUUAAUCCCGAGGUUGAAACGAUUGUACCAAUUAGCAAACACAUCUAAGAAUCUGACUUGGCACGACCAUGGCAGAAAAAAAGAUGGGAUGAUGCGACAUCCAGCUGAUUCCCCAACUUGGGAUUUAAUUGAUAAAAGAUGGCCAGAAUUUGGAAACGAGCCUAGGAACCUCAGACUAGCCCUCUCAUCUGAUGGCUUUAACCCUCAUAGUUCGCUAAGUAGCAGGUACUCUUGUUGGCCUGUUAUACUUGUCACAUAUAAUCUUCCUUCUUGGCUGUGUAUGAAGAGGAAGUAUAUGAUGCUGACGUUGUUAAUAUCUGGACCAAAACAGCCUGGUAAUGAUAUUGACGUCUAUUUGCAGCCCUUAAUAGAUGACUUGAAAUUGUUGUGGGAUGGUGUUGAGGGAGUAUAUGAUGCAUUAAGAGGGGACUACUUCAAACUGAAAGCGGUACUCCUCUGGACUAUUAACGAUUUUCCUGCUUAUGGGAACUUGUCAGGUAGCAUUGUAAAAGGUUACAAUGCUUGUCCAAUAUGCGUUGAUCAGACCCGACCACAUAGGUUGAAGAAUGGUAAUAAAAUGUCAUUCAUGAGGCAUCGCCGCUAUCUACCUCGACAUCAUCCUUAUCGAAAACAGUAUGCUGCUUUCGACAACACAAUAGAAGAGGACCUUGCUCCUGUACCAUUAACCGGAGACGAGGUGUUAGCAAGAGUAGAUAGUCUGAAUUGUGAAUUUGGCAAAAAGUCUCGUCCUCCUCAUGGGAAGGGUGUUGAAGACCAAAGCAGACCAUGUUGGAAAAAGCAGUCUGUGUUCUUUGAACUAGAGUACUGGAAGUAUAUUCCCGUACGUCAUAAUCUCGAUGUCAUGCACAUUGAGAAGAAUUGUUGUGAUGCCUUGAUUGGUACGUUGUUGAACAUUCCAGGUAAACCAAAGGAUGGGGUUGCUGCUCGUUUAGACAUGGUUGAAAUGGGCAUUAGGACUGAUUUGAGCCCUAAAAUUGGUGCCAAAAGGGACAAGUUACCUUUGGCUAGUUGGAACUUGCUGCUACAUGAAAAGAAAAUUGUUUGCAGCUCUUUUUUCAAUAUGACAGUGCCUGUCCAGUUUUCAUCAAAUGUUAGAAGUCUUGUCUCUAUGGAUGAUUUAAGACUUGUUGGUCUUAAAUCGCAUGAUUGUCACACCGUCAUGCAAAUUCUUCUCCCUGUUGCUUUACGCUCUGUUCUAGAGAAGCCGGUUAGGUAUGCAAUCAUUCGUUUCUGCCUAUUCUUCAAGGCUAUAUGUUCUAAAGUGAUCGAUGUUUCAAAGCUAGAAAAAAUGCAAGCUGACCUGGUUGUUACAGUUUGCUUGCUUGAGAAGUACUUCCCACCUUCUUUUUUCGACAUCAUGAUUCAUUUAACUGUCCAUCUUGUGAGAGAAGUUAAGCUGUGUGGUCCAGUAUUUUUUCGAUGGAUGUACCCCUUCGAGAGAUACAUGAAAGUGUUUAAAGGAUGGGUGAGAUGUCGCAGGCAUCCUGAGGGGUGCAUAGCAGAGUGUUACAUUGUCGAAGAGGCUGUUGAGUUUUGUGCUGAACGUAUGCUUGAUGAUGCUACUACUGCUGGAAUUCCAGAAAGUUGCAAAUCAACAGUCCGUAAUGCGACCACACCAUUAUCAGGCGCUACCAUGAUAUCUGUUUAUGGAAAGGAGCUACAUCAAGCACAUCUUUGUGUCUUGCAAAAUACGGAGGAUGCAACGCCCUAUUUCACUGAACACUUGGAAUUAUUGAAGUUGCUGUUUCCUAAGUUCUCGAAAAACCGAAAGUGGCUGAAGGAUAAACAGAACCAAACAUUUGCUGAGUGGUUAAAGGAGAGGGUAUCAAAUGAACUCAUGUUCGCCAACAAUCAGGUUUCAGAAACAAUGAGGUGGCUGGCAGGUGGACCAAAGAAUGAAGUGCCGACAUUUAGUGGAUACCAGGUUAAUGGAGUUGAUUUCAACACCAAGGAGCGGGAUAAUGUUCGUUCAGUUCAAAACAGUGGAGUCUUUUUGCAAGCUGAUGCAAUGCAAGUUUCUAGUGCAAGGGAUAAAAACCCCAGAACUGAUGAUAUGGACUUUUACGGUGUGAUUAGACAAAUCUGGGAGUUGGACUACUAUAAGUUUAGGGUUCCGAUAUUCAAAUGUGAUUGGGUUGAGAAUGUUAGGGGCAUCAAAGUAGACGAACUUGGGUUUACUUUGGUAAAUCUAAAUAGAAAAGGGCACUUGAAGGAUGCCUUUGUCUUGAGUACCCAUGUAAAGCAAAUUUUUUACAUACAAGACCCUCUUGAUGCUCAAUGGUCAGUAGUCGUAAGGUGCCCAGAUAGAGACUACCAAGGGGCUGAUGAAGAUGAGGAGCUAGAGGAUAUUGAAGUCGAGCAGCAGCCAUUUAAUGCCACAAUGCCAUCCAUUGAGACUUUUGAUAACAUUGUUGGUGAUGAACCUAGCAGUUAUAUGCGACCCGGAGAUGAAGGAAUAUGGAUUGAGAAUGAAAACGGUUCACAUGGCUGA